AAUAAUAACAAGUGGCUAAACAAUGCUCAUCCCAACUGCUACUUCUUAAAAAGAAAGAUUUGCUAAAGAUCUUACGAUAUUUGGAUCCUCAGAAUCUCUUGCUUUUUUAUCUCUUUCCUUCUCUUUCUCCUUCCCUCCCUUCCUUGCUUGCCUUAUUUAUAAAGUUAAAGCACAAGGUGCAGGGUCUCUUGUUAUGUUCUUUCUUUGAACAUUGACAAGUUUUUAAAGAAAACCCACCAACGGCUCCUGCAUAAGGAGAUUCUUUUUGGAUUUGAGGAUUGGAAAUGGCAACGGCUAGAGAGGCUUACGGUACACCGUCUGAUGAGGAGUUGCAUGUCCUUGCUGUUGAUGACAGUUAUGUUGAUCGUAAGGUGAUUGAACGAUUGCUCAAGGUGUCGGCUUGUAAAGUGACGACCGUGGAAAGUGGAAUAAGAGCUCUGCAAUAUCUGGGAUUGGAUGGAAGGAAGAGCUCUGUUGAUUUUGAUGCUCUGAAAGUGAAUCUUAUAAUGACAGACUACUCCAUGCCUGGGAUGACUGGCUAUGAACUGCUCAAAAAGAUCAAAGAAUCAUCAGCUUUCAGAGAAAUCCCAGUUGUGAUAAUGUCAUCUGAGAACAUACUCACUCGUAUUGACAGGUGCUUGGAAGAAGGGGCUGAGGAGUACAUAGUGAAGCCUGUAAAACUAUCAGAUGUUAGAAGGCUAAAAGAAUUUAUAAUUAAAGGGGAAUUGGAGGAAAAUUCUAAGAGAAGACAUCAGAAGAGGAAGCAGAGGGAGGAGGAUGAUGAUAAGCCCUCAUCCUCCUCCUCCUUUCCAACGAAGCAGAGGGAAGAGGAUGAUGAUAAGCUCUCAUCCUCCUCCUCUCCAACGAAGCAGAGGGAAGAGGAUGAUGAUAAGCUCUCAUCCUCCUCCUCCUCCUCUCCAACGAAGCAGAGGGAAGAGGAUGAUGAUAAGCCCUCAUCCUCCUCCUCCUCCUCUCCAACUUCACUAUCAUACUCACAGCCUCCUGCCGAUGAUGCAUCGACUUCCGAACCAUCGUCGUCUCUGUCAUCACCAUGUAGUCCGGCAGAGCUUCCACUGUCUUCUCUGUUGUCACCGGUCAAGCGGUCGAAAUUCCUUAGCAGAGACUGAUGAGUGACAAAGAUUGGCCGUUUAUUGUCCAUACAAAUCAGUAGUUUACCGCAACCGCAAGUAGAAGAUUAAUUUUGUUAUAUCUUUGAAAAAAAAGCUGAGAUUGAUAGUGAAAUUAUGUCAGAAAUGUAAAGAAAAAUACUUCAAGAAAUCUUUCUGUGCGUUUUGUGGUAGAUGAAAUUUGAUUAUUUUAAUGAAAUCCCGGGUAUGAGGAAGGCUUCAUUUGACUCAA